AGAGUUGUGGUUGUGGAAGACAUAAAACGAUGGAAGUCUAUGCUUGAGCUUCCUGGGCAACCGAAAGAGAAUCUGAUCGAAGCUUUGGAGGAGCUGAAGAAGAAAAUACCUUCCAAGGAAGUGUUACUUUCAACAAAAAUAGGUCACACAGUGAAUAAGAUGCGCAAACAUUCCGAUCACGAUGUGGCCAGCCUCGCCAGUGAUAUUUACACAGAGUGGCGAACUUUCAUCAAAGACCAUUCAAACAAGCCCUCCAUAGAGGUUAGGAGCGAUCCCAAGUCCGAGGCUUUCAGAAAGAACGCACGGAAGCUGCUUUGUGAAGCCCUGGAUGUAGAGAUUGAUCACCCACUGGCUGAAAAUAUUGAGCGAGAGGCUUUUCAUCUCUCUUCCCGUCUCAUUAGCGCGCCAUAUCGCAGAAUGGUGCGAGCUCUUGUCUUCUCGUUAAAGCACAAACCUGAAAUGCGAGCAGAAGUCAAGACUGGCACGCUCACUGUCCCUGCAUUUGUACAGAGCCAUAAAAAGUGA